CCGAGUUCGGCAGUCGCUGUGUCUCAUGCGUGUUACUCCCAUCUGCACAAUUGUUGGUGUUGCUUGUGUUGUUUGUUGCGAUAGAGCAAGGGAAAUGGGACUUCCCUAAACUGAUACCAACCCAACAAAUGUGUGACAAAUAUUAUUUAUCUUCUUUAUUUCGUAUCGUAAACUAUAUUACUUGAAUGUGGGUUGUUAUUGAGACAUAAGUGUUUGGUUGGGUAAUUUAUUUGAACAGUUUUAACAAAAAACGACGCCGAGAGCAACAACAGCAACGAAGACGCCGGCGUCGAGAUGCUAACUGAUGUGACCCCUGUCGGUAGAGUGGCUGGUCAACUAUACACAGGGCAGAACGUCCAUGAAGGACAUCUUGAGAGCUCAGUGGAGGUUGCGCACAGGGUUCAGGCAAAACUGAUGCCUAGCGUGGAGCAAAUCCUGGACCACCCUGGACUUCGGGGAACCCCGCUGGCGAUGCUGGCAGCGCAGUGCAACAAGCUGUCGAGCAAGUCUCCUCCACCUCUCGCGGACGCCGCGGUGGGCAAAGGUUUUCACCCGUGGAAGAAGAGCCCGCAGACAAGUAGCACCAACGCCGGCACCACCGUCAGCACCACCCAGCGCUCCUCCCUGAUGCCCUCCGUCACCAGCAGCAGUGCCGUCAGCUCCAUGGCUGCCGCCAACUCUACAUACACUAGCCGUCCCGUGAUGACGUCUCCGGCUUGCAGCUCAGCAGCGACAUACGGCGGAGGAGACCUGUACUUCCCUGGCGCGACCGCUCAGAGCGCGGUCACCACAGACAACUCUCACCAUCACCACCAUCAGGCGGCCCUCCUGGGCAAGGUGGAAGGGACGGCAACCGCCCACCACGCCGCUGCCCUGGGCUCAGUGUACACGAGACACCCGUAUGAGUCAUGGCCCUUCAACACGAUGCCUGGCGCGACGCACCACAGUGCCAUCAAGCCCGGAGACGCGGUAAAUACGGCCGGCACGUGGUGGGACGUUCAUUCGGCGGCUACAGCCGGGGGCUGGCUGGACAUGAGCGGGGCGGCGGCCGCAGGGAUGCACGCGCAGAUGGCUGCAGCAAACUAUGCCGCAACGUCAGCUGAUUAUUCGUCCCUGAGCCACACCCUGGCGGCGUCAAACACGGCACACCAUCUCCUGUCCUCUGGACAGCAUCUGCUACAAGACACGUACAAGUCCAUGUUGCCAGGGGCACAAACUGUGGGGGCAUCCUUCGGACUGGGGCACCAUCAUCACUCUCCGGCCACAGCGCCCUCUCCCGUCUCUGCUGCCGCCUCCUUACCGCCCCAGGUUCCAUCCCCGCGCUCCCAGAGGCGGUACACGGGACGGGCCACCUGUGACUGCCCCAACUGUCAGGAAGCAGAGAGGCUGGGCCCAGCAGGGGUGCAUCUGCGCAAGAAAAACAUCCACAGUUGCCACAUCCCGGGCUGCGGCAAGGUGUACGGCAAAACAUCGCACCUCAAGGCGCACCUCCGCUGGCACACGGGUGAGAGGCCCUUUGUGUGCAACUGGCUCUUCUGCGGGAAGCGGUUCACGCGUUCCGACGAGUUGCAGCGUCACCUCAGGACGCACACGGGCGAGAAGCGCUUCGCCUGCCCGGUAUGCAACAAGCGGUUCAUGCGGUCCGACCAUCUAGCCAAGCACGUUAAGACGCACAACGGCAACGGCAGCAAGAAGGGAAGCUCGGAGUCUUGCAGUGACUCCGAGGAGAACAGCCAGUCGGAGCUGGCGGGCGGUGUGAACUCGCCCGCGUCCGUCAACAACACGCCCCCUCCAGCGCCCCUUACAGGACUGGAGGACGUGAAGCCCCCCGGGGGCCUAGUCUGAGCCCGGUGGGGUCCAGCGCUGUUCUAUCAUCAGUAUCACCACUAGGAGUCGGUCAGCGCAAGGACCCCACAC